CUUUCUUUCUUUGUCGUUAGAACCCACGCUUUGCAAGGUGACCCUUCGCCGCUAGCAGUCGAAGAGACAUCUGCAAGUCUCCCUUUGGAGGACUUCUUUGCGUUGUCAGACCAGCUGCGGCGAUGAUCGACCUGGAAGCGGGCAGUGCUAUUGCCACUGCCUCAGGGCUGGAGGAUAUGACAGCCCUCAAAGCAGCGACUGAGGCUGUUGAGGCUGUCGAGGCUCCGACCGAUGUACCUUCCCAUCGAUCGCAUGAUCCGGCCAAGAGCUUGAAGCGGAGCGAUCCCUUCCAGUUCGGCAGCCGCUAUCUGGAGGCCGGAGACGACGUUUUCGAGUUUAAUGCCUGGGACCACGUUGAGACUGACGAUGCGUACAAGGUGUAUACUGAGGAGCAGUUGGAGAAGCAGCGUCAGUCUCCCGUGUCCGAUUUUGACAAGAACAGGUUCAACUCAAAUCCAGCCAUGUGGUGGAACAAAUUCUAUAAAAACAACACGUCCAAUUUCUUCAAAGACCGCAAGUGGCUGCAGCAGGAGUUUCCCAUAUUGGCAGAUGUAACCAAAGAGGACUCUGGCCCAACGCUCAUCUUGGAGGUUGGUGCGGGAGCGGGUAAUACUGCUUUCCCAGUGCUGGCCAACAAUAAGAAUCCCCACCUGAAAAUCCAUGCCUGCGAUUUUUCUAAACAAGCCGUAGAAGUCAUGCGCAAUCACGACGCCUAUGAUACCAAACACAUCCAAGCCGACGUCUGGGAUGUUUCUGGAGAGAGCCUCCCGCCUGACGUUGAAGAAGGAACUGUAGACGUGGCCAUAAUGAUUUUCGUAUUUUCUGCCUUGUCUCCCCGCGAAUGGGCACAGGCAGUGCGGAACAUUUAUAAAGCUCUGAAGCCUGGAGGUCUGGUCUGCUUCCGGGACUAUGGAAGAGGUGAUCUAGCCCAGGUACGCUUUCGAAAAGGACGAUACCUGGAAGAAAAUUUUUACAUCCGUGGAGACGGCACCCGUGUGUAUUUCUUUGACAGGGAUGAACUCGCAAACAUCUGGUCUGGACCGGACGCUACUGAAAAGUCGGACGAGGCUGACGUGCCACGAUUUACGAUUGAGAAGCUCGGCGUUGAUAGACGGCUGCUCGUUAAUAGAGCUGAGAAGAUCAAGAUGUAUCGCUGCUGGUUGCAGGGGCGGUUUAGAAAGGAAUAGAACUCUAGACUUGACGCAAGCGCUUGCUCUUCCUACAUCCCGAUGCCAAAGCCUAUCGUGAUGGGGCUCUCACACUCUCAUUUUCUCUUAAUAGAGUAAAGUCUCUUGGAUCAUAGCUCGCUGAUCUUGGCCAAACCCAAUGGAGUCAAGGUAGCCCUCUAAGCUUCCG